AUUGUCUAUUACCUAUUUUGGAUAUCAACGUCGACGACGACGAUGAGCAAAGCAUCCCACAACGCAGAGCAGGCAUAUCUAUGAUGGCGUACUCGAUAAUUCUGGGCAUGAUUGGCUGGUCUGUCCUGCCCGACUUUGCUACCACACACGCGCUCCGUUUCAUUCAUGGACAAAUGAAGAAUCCACCGGCGCCACGUACUCCGCUGUACGUCCAGCACUAUCGUUACACCUUCGCGUUCGUCGUGCUGGCGUAUCUUCUGUACAACCUUAUCCAAGGUUCCAGCUCGGUACCUCCCAACUUUUACCAGAUUCUGGGGGUCCCGCAUGACGUUGACGACAAUGGACUGAAGCUUGCUUUUCGUCAGUUCGCGAAGCGGUACCACCCGGAUAAGCCUGGCAUUGGCCCUGAGGGCGCCGAGAUGUUCAUGAGGGUUCGUGAUGCGUUUGAGGCUUUGAAGAAUCCAGUCGUCCGGUUCGCGUACGAUAGGUUCGGACCUGAUGUCCUGCUUUGGCAGCAGCUUUCGACGCCAAAGGAGUACCUGAGGCAAGGCCUCAUGCAGUCUUCGGGUUUUCACAUCGUCAGCGGUCUUGUCUUGGUCUUCUACUCUUCUAUCGGUCGGGAGAGCCCGGUCAAAUUUUGGCGUUAUAUUCUUUAUGCCGUUUUCCUCUUCUCUGAGAUCGCAUUAUUGGUAUCACCAUCACCUUCCACCCUCCUGUCGAACCCGACCAUCCUCCAUUCAUUCUUUCCCCAACGUGUCACGUUUCAACAUGUUCUCUUUUUGCACCAACUCUUCUUCUCUUUGAGCGUUGCUGUUAGUCGUGUCGCGCCUAGGCUUUUCCCCGAGCCUCCUGAUCAAACUGUCGUUGAACUUGAGAAACUCCACACCCUUGCCGGCAUGGCGGAUCGCGAGGCUUCUCUGCUUUUGCAUACGGAGCUUCAUUCCGUGCAUCCCGCUGCCAGCUUCUCGGAACGGAUCCCGCUAUCUCGUAUGAGACCGCUUCUUGAGCCGUCGUCCGACGUGAUGGACGAGCUCUCGAAGGAGAUGGAGAAUAUGAUUAUAGAAACAAAUGUCAAGAAGGACGCUGGGCCACUGAAGAGUAUGUGGGAGGCUGCGGUGCAGAAGGGACACAAUUCUGCCCCUGACAUCGUAGAGCCAAAGUGGGAGGACUUUAGCAAAAAUUUACCGUCACCUAGGCCAUCGCCACCUCCUCGAAUUCCCUGUAACAAUUAUACCAGGGCCAGAAGUGUCAGUUACUAGCCGUCUUGCUCUCAUUGUAUUAUCAUUUCUAGAUGCAAAAUAACUUGCCAAUCUCUUAUAUCAGAACGAAGAUGUUAUCAUGCGCUGAUAACAGCGAAGAAUCUCGACGUCACGGACCAGUGGCAUGUCUUCUGAAGCCUUAUCGACCAGGGUCCCU